AAAUAGAACUUACCUAUUUAACAAAAAUAAAAUUCAAACAGAACAAGGUUUGAUUUUAUUAUUAAAAUUAGUUUGUUCAUUACUACAAAUACCAUGGAUCAACAAAACUACAAUGUUGAAUUGUUCAUUGAGAAUACUGACUUUUGUUGAAAAAAGUACAAGCAAUGCAGCAAAAUUACUUAUAGAAGCUUCUGAACUAUUAAUAGUUCUUUAUAAAUGUCCAAAUAAUUUGAUAAAAGCACAUUUAGGACUUUAUGUCACUUCAUUUUCUAACAUUUUAAAAAAAUGUUUCUCAUCUAUAUGUUCUUUGUCUGAAGACUCAUCAUUGGAUAAAAAUUAUUGUAUACCUUUCCACAAACUUGAAAAAUGUUCAAGAUUGUUCAAACAAAAUAAAAACGAUUUUGAUAUUAUAUGUCGUUAUGUUAUAGAAGACUUGAUUGAACUUAUUUCAGAAGAAACUAUUCUUGUGGGCGUGAUUAUGAGACAUUAUUUCAAUAUCAUUUUCAAUUUUAUGGAUAUUUGUUCAUUUGAAGAAAUGAAGAAGCUAAUGUUUAAUAUUCAAGGAACCUCUUUAAUGAUGUUAAGAAAUGCAUAUGAUGAGUACAGAUUAAAUGUUAGAUUUACUGGAAGACUUUAAUACAUUUUAAAAUUGUUAUCUAUUAUAUUUUGAACUAAAUGUGUGUUUAUCUUUAAAGUAUUAAGCGAAUAAAAUAAUAUUUAUGUUCAACUUA